AUGGCGGCUCCCUUAGAUGACAUGUUUUCUCGAUGCGUGGAUCCCGGUAAAAUCCUUAACAGCGUAGAAGUCCGUUUUAUUGAUAAAGUGAAGGGAAAAGGAUUAUUUGCCAAGAAACCCUUCAAGAAGGGCGAAGCCAUCUUUACCGAGCGUCCUCUUGUGUCUGCCCAGUUUUUGUGGAACGCCUUGUACAAAUAUAGAGCAUGCGAGUAUUGUAUGCGUGCUCUGGAGACGGCGGAGGAAAACGCCCGGAGGCUCAGUGGCAUGCCCGCCCUGAUCCUGCCUCAUCAAGAGCUGUGCAAGGUGCAGCCGGAGCUCCACCACACCUGCCCGCACUGCCAGGUAAUUUACUGUAGCAGUGAGUGCAGACAAGCUGCGUGGGAUCAGUACCACCAGGUCCUGUGCCUGGGGCCAUCCCACAACGAUCCUGAUCACCCAAUCAACAAGCUGCAGGAUGCGUGGAGGAGCGUACACUACCCACCUGAAACCUCAAGCAUCAUGUUAAUGGCAAGAAUGGUGGCCACCGUCAAACAGGCUCUAGACAAAGGCCACUGGCAGAGGCUGUUCUCCAACUUCUGCAGCCGUGCUGCCGAUGAGCAAGAGGAGAUGGCACAUAAGCUGCUGGGGGGGAAGUUCCAGGGGCAGCUGGCCUCGCUGAGGACGCUCUUUACCACAGCGCUCUACGACGAUCACGUCAGUGAGUGGUUCACCCCAGAUGGGUUUCGUGCUCUCUUUGCUCUUGUCGGGACAAAUGGACAAGGUAUCGGCACUAGCUCCCUAAGCCAGUGGGUCCAUGCCUGCGAUGCACUGGCGCUUCCCCACCAGCAGAGGGAGCAGCUGGACGCCUUUAUUGACCAGCUAUACAAGGACAUAGACAAAGAAACGGGAGACUUCCUCAACUGUGAAGGGUCCGGUCUCUACCUUCUGCAGAGCUCAUGCAACCACAGCUGUGUGCCCAACGCCGAGGCGUCCUUCCCCGACAACAACUUCCUGCUUCACCUCAGCGCGCUGCGUGACAUCGUCCCCGGCGAGGAGAUCUGCAUCAGCUACUUGGACUGCUGCCAACGAGACAGAAGUCGUCAUAGCCGGCACAAGAUCCUGAGAGAGAACUACCUGUUUGUGUGCUCGUGCCAGAAGUGCACGUCACAGGUGGAUGACCCGGAUGUGACCUCGGAGGAUGAGGAGGAAGGGGAGGGAGACACGGAGGGCGAUGACAUGGAGGACGAGAUGACAGACGUUUGACGACGACGACGGGCCGCCUAGCUGGGCCGCUCACGUCACCCAGGAGACACCACGUCUCUCCGUUCAUGCAGCAGAUAGCAAACAUGCCAGACUAUGCAAAACGUCUACUUUUUUUUUUUUUUUUUUUUUUUGGCUGGAGUCCUCACACUUUUCAUUUACAAGUCCUAAUGUCUGUGGCAGUCACGUUGCCAGACAACUGCUGAGACCCUCCCACCUUUUCUCCCUCAUUUCGCUCAUUACUGACUGAUCCCCCGCACUCCUGGAGGAUUUACAACGGGCUUGAGCCCAACAUUAAUCCACGUAUAGUUCUAAACCCUCUGAACGAAUCGGAGCUCAGGCUGGGAAAAAAAAAAAAUUACCUUUCCUCAUGUAGGCAUAUUAAAAGAGUUUGGCCCUAAUAACAUUUGGUAAUGCAGCAUAAGGUCUUCGGUGUUUUGCGCAUGAGAUUUUCAUCCCGGAACCCUCGGUUCUGGCGCGGAGCUUUACCCAACUCCGCUGUGAGCACGGCCAAGUCAGCAUGUUUACCGGGAUUCGAGUUCACUGGACGCCGAGGUCGUAUUUGCCGUGUGACUUUAUGAGUGGGUGCGGCCAGCGGACACGAGCAGACGUCGCAGUCGGGACGACUGCAGCCCUGGCGGCGCCCCUAACGCGCGCUACAGCGCGGGCCUUCGCUGACGGACUGCGGCGUGGCAGGCGCGACGAGGCUUGUUCCGCUGUGUCGGCUGCCAGGUGGACGAGGUUUACAGCGGGACGGUCCGUGGCAGCGCGGCAGAUCGGGACGUCCCGGCAGGCACCUUUUUAUGUCCUCUGCUUAUGAAAUUCAUAUUCCAAUGCAUUUACUCUGUUCCUGUCACGGAUGGUGUUACUGACGAUUCCUUCCUGUGUUAGCUGUUAACUACAUCCCAAAAACAAACGUUUAAGGUGAUGGAUAUUAAAUAAAACAACUGUAGACCUUCACAA